AUGAUUCUUGAAGCCAUUUUAUACUCGAUUUCUUUUGCUUUUGCUCUCUCUCUCUUUUUUGUCUCUUUCAUCCUCUUCCCUAUUCCAAUUUAUUUUAUUUUUUCUCUCCUUCUUGAUUUUGAUCUUUCCUCCUAUUCUGUUUCUUCUCUCUCUUAUUUUGAUGUCCGCCUCAUUCAGAUUUCUUUUUUGCUCUCUCUGUCUUUUUUUGUCUCUCUUCAUCCUCUUCCUAUUCCAAUUUAUUUUAUUUUUCUCUCCCUUCUUGAUAUCUUUCCUCCUAUUCUGUUUCUCUCUCUUAUUUUGAUGUCCGCCUCAUUCAGAUUUCUCUUUUGCUCUCUCUGUCUUUUUGUCUCUCUUCAUCCUCUUCCUAUUCCAAUUUAUUUUAUUUUUCUCUCCCUUCUUGAUAUCUUUCCUCCUAUUCUGUUUCUCUCUCUUAUUUUGAUGUCCGCCUCAUUCAGAUUUCUCUUUUGCUCUCUCUGUCUUUUUGUCUCUCUUUCAUCCUCUUCCUAUUCCAAUUUAUUUUAUUUUUCUCCCAUCUUGAUAUCUUUCCUCCUAUUCUAUUUCUCUUUUGCUCUCUCUGUCUUUUUGUCUCUCUUCAUCCUCUUCCUAUUCCAAUUUAUUUUAUUUUUCUCUCCCUUCUUGAUAUCUUUCCUCCUAUUUUAUUUCUCUUUUCCUCUCUCUCUGUCUUUUGUCUCUCUUCAUCCUCUUCCUAUUCCAAUUUAUUUUAUUUUUCUCUCCCGUCUUGAUAUCUUUUCCUCCUAUUCUGUUUCUCUCUUUAUUUUGAUGUCCGCCUCAUUCAGAUUUCUCUUUUGCUCUCUCUGUCUUUUUUCUCUCUUCAUCCUCUUCCUAUUCCAAUUUAUUUUAUUUUUCUCUCCCAUCUUGAUGUCUUUCCUCCUAUUUUAUUUCUCUUUUUUGCUCUUUCUGUCUUUUUUGUCUCUCUUCAUCCUUCUUCCUAUUCCAAUUUAUUUUAUUUUUCUCUCCCUUCUUGAUAUCUUUCCUCCUAUUCUGUUUCUCUCUCUUAUUUUGAUGUCCGCCUCAUUCAGAUUUCUCUUUUGCUCUCUCUGUUUUUUGUCUCUUCAUCCUCUUCCUAUUCCAAUUUAUUUUAUUUUUCUCUCCCAUCUUGAUAUCUUUUCCUCCUAUUUUGUUUCUCUCUCUUAUUUUGAUGUCCGCCUCAUUCAGAUUUCUUUUUGCUCUCUCUGUCUUUUUUUGUCUCUCUUCAUCCUCUUCCUAUUCCAAUUUAUUUUAUUUUUCUCUCCUUUCUUGAUAUCUUUCCUCCUAUUCUAUUUCUCUUUUUGCUCUCUCUGUCUUUUUUGUCUCUCUUCAUCCUCUUCCUAUUCCAAUUUAUUUUAUUUUUCUCUCCUUCUUGAUAUCUUUCCUCCUAUUCUGUUUCUCUCUCUUAUUUUGAUGUCCGCCUCAUUCAGAUUUCUCUUUUGCUCUCUCUGUCUUUUUGUCUCUCUUCAUCCUCUUCCUAUUCCAAUUUAUUUUAUUUUUCUCUCCCGUCUUGAUAUCUUUCCUCCUAUUUUGUUUCUCUCUCUUAUUUUGAUGUCCGCCUCAUUCAGAUUUCUCUUUUGCUCUCUCUGUCUUUUUGUCUCUCUUCAUCCUCUUCCUAUUCCAAUUUAUUUUAUUUUUCUCUCCCAUCUUGAUAUCUUUCCUCCUAUUCUAUUUCUCUUUUUUUGCUCUCUCUCCUCUUUUUGUCUCUCUUCAUCCUCUUCCUAUUCCAAUUUAUUUUAUUUUUUGAUGUCCCCCUUCUUUCAGAUAUCUUUUCCUCCUAUUCUUUUUCUCUCUCUUAUUUUGAUUUUCUCUCCGCCUCAUUCAGAUUUCUCUUUUGCUCUCUCUCUUUCUUUUGUCUCUGUCUUUUGUCCUCUUCCUAUUCCAAUUUUAUUUUUCUCUCCCUUCUUGAUUUUUUCCUCCUAUUUUGUUUCUCUCUUAUUUAUGUUUGAUCAGAUUUCUCUUUUGCUCUCUCUGUCUUUUAUUUUGUCUCUCUUUGCUCUUCCUUUUCCAAUUUAUUUUUUUUUCUUUUUUCUUGAUAUCUUUCCUCCUCCUCUUUAUUUUUUGAUUUUGUCUCUCUUCUCUUUUGCUCUCUCUAUUUGUUUGCUCUCUCUCAUCUUCCUGUUAUCUUCAUCCUCUUCCUAUUCCAAUUUAUUUUUUUUUUUUCUUAAUUUUGAUAUCUUUCCUCCUAUUUUGUUCUCUCUUAUUUUGAUGUCCUCCCUCCUCAGGGUUCUCUUUUGCUCUCUCUGUCUUUUCUUUCUUCAUCUCUUUAUUUUUUCUCCCUUCUUGAUAUAUUUUUUUAGGGUCUUCUUUUGA